GUUGAAUAUUGUCCAUUCUAUUCUCUUUCAACAUAUUCCACAGACACAUAGUAGUAAAAUCUGAAAAAAAAAAAACACAAAGCAAAAGAAGAUAGAUAUACUAAAGCUUUCUGUCUCUGUCUCACUUUUCUGCUUUUCUUCACUCUUACUCAUUCCCCUCUCACACUCUAUCAUUUAUCAACUAACCAUUCAUUCCUUUUGAUCUUUUUAUGUGACUGAACUCUCUCACCAUGUGAUGUUCACUUACUACUGAUUUGAUGACUCUACACUAUCCCACUUAUUACUUUACUUAGCAAAAUUCUAUAGCUAAAAUAACAAAACAAACACACACGCUAGGAUCACAUUCUGCUUCUGAGGCUAUGUCCCAUGUUUCAUGAUGUGAUCAUAUUGGAAGGGCUGCUUCUAUAAACUCAGUUGUGGAACAUAAUGAUGAAUGAAGGGAAAUUGAAUAUUAAUGCUCCUCUUAUGUCUGUGAGACGCUCUAUUUGUACACCAACAUCUUCAACUAAAGCAAAGAUCAAGAUAUUAGAUAAUUCUCUUCCAUACAACAAAUCAGACAUGACUCAAGAUCAAGUAACAGAACCUGUGUUUGUGUCUUUCAAUUGGGAGCAUAUCCCUGGUGGGCCUAAAUUUGAUAACAAGUUUAGGUCCUUGAGUAAAUCAAAUUCUUUAAGUAACAUCAUGAAUAAAGUAGAUCAUAACAAAGGACAAAAGGAUGAAAAGCUACAAAAUUUGGAAGAGGAUGACGAUGACGACAAUGAUGAUGAUGCUUUUUCAGAUGCCUUAGAAACACUGUCUUCAACAGAAUCAUUAUGUGUAAGUGGUUUGGAUAAUUUGGAUGCAAACAAGUGUAGAAUCUCUUCUACAGAUGACAAACAAGCUCAAGAAUUCAUGAUGAACCGGUUUUUACCUGCAGCAAAGGCUAUGACUUUACAAACUCAUCAACAUGCUCCAAGAAAACAAUCUGUUCUGUUACAACAACCAAGCACCAAAUUGGUUAGUGAGGAAAAGAACUCUUUUGUUAACAAUAGAAAUAUCACUGACAUUGUACCAUACACUGAUCAAUACCGAGAAGAGGAAGAAGAAGAAAGUGACCAUGAUGAAACUGAUUAUUAUGCAAAUAUUUCAGCUAAGGGUUGUGGAUUAUUUCCUACUUCAUGCAUUAAGAAUUCACUGUGUUUAUUAAAUCCAAUGCCUGAGACAAAAAUGGAGAACCAGAUUCCAGUGUGGUCUUCCAAUGACGUUGAAAAACCUAACAAAAGUUCUUAUUUUAGCACUAACAGACCAGGUCCAACCAUUAAGAAGGCUUGGGAUGCUAUUCAUAAAAGUAAAUCAAGUUCUGGAGCUUCAUCACCAGACAUUUAUGAAGCAAGAAAAAAAUGGACUAGUGAAUCAAAGAGGUAUAAUGCUUACUCAGGUGAACUGAAUCAGAUAAGUAGGAUCUCUUCAUUUCGUCGGUCAGGAGCUGCUACUGCUGGCGUAUCUUCUUUUCGAAGUAGGCCUCAAUCUCAGGCCGAGAAUAACCAAAUUAGAAAAUUGAAAUUCCAGAGCCAAGGUCAUGAAAGUUUUCAAGAGGCGCAGUCACAAGGAUCCAAAAGAAGUUCAAAUUCAAGGAACCUUUCAAUGGAAAUUGGCCAAGAAUCCAUGUCCUUGCAACUUGUGCAAAGCUCAUUUGACAAAGGAACAAAGUUUAACAAGCAAAUUGUUGUAGUUGGUGAUGGUUUAGGAAAAAGUGAUCCUAAAAGUGUUAUGCACCUUCUUUCCCCACCAUUGCCAAAGUCACCUUCUGAGUCGUGGCUUUGUCGUGCAUUGCCUUUAGUUUCAUUGAAGAGUCUGUCCGUGUAUUCGAGUCGAGGAACACAAUCACAGGCUGUUAAAAGGAUAGGUUAUAGUAGAGCAUCCAGCUAUAGCAAAUGGGAAACAAUAGUGAAAACUUCAAAUUUGCAUCAUGAUCAUGAAUUCUUUUCGAAGGAACUAACCUUAUAUAAACCUCAGCAUUCAAAAUCUUAGAGAUGGAACUCUGGCUAUGCUUUAUAUUUCCUAUAUUCUUUCAGACUUGUGGGACUUUGUCUUCUAAAUAUUAGUUUUUUUGCAUGAUAUCAUAGGUAACUAAAUUUCUCAUGGUUAAUUAUAUUGUUAUACACUUGUCAUUUAUUUUCAGUUUUCCAUUAUGUUUACAUUUGUUGUCUUCUUAAAAUUGAGCCCUGACAGGCUGACACCAUUGCAGUUUUCUUCAUACAUCAGUAUUGUACAGAGAAGAAUACAUAUCCUAAUUGGUGAUCAAUAAAAACAAACAAAGCUUCUUUUGGACUAAUGGUACCUUCAAUGGAUUCAAGAUUUCAUAAUCUCUCCCCAGAAGUACAUAUAAACUAGUGUUGAGUGCUGUUGUUCUUGCUUUUUUUUUUUUUUUUUUCUUAUUUGAUUAUAAUUUUAUACACAUACAUUAUAUU